AUGGGCGAGCCAAAGAAGGGGGUGAGAGGAAAGAUCCUUCACCACGCCGCCCUUGCACAAAAACUGGAAGAAAACCAGAUGACCAGUCCACAACCUACCAUCCUUUUCAGUUUUCACUCAUGCCGUCGUUCCCUCAGGCCUAACACCAAACAACCCUGUAAGCCUGAACCCAAACAGCCCCAUGGCGAGCAUCCCCUAUUAAAGGCAAAUCACCCAUCACGCACACAGCGAAAUCACAGGAGCGGAGAAAUUCUAAACCUGAGGCAGAAGGAAGCAACGAGCGUCUGUGAGUCAGCGAUGUCUGGCCUUGGGAGCAUCGGCGGGGGCGGCAACGGCAGAAGCCAUGGUUCAGGGGGCAAGGCCAAGCUGCUCGCGCUCGGCAAGGGUCUCCCUGAGCAAGUUCUACCCCAGGAGAAGCUCGUCGAGACCUACCUCCAGGACACCAGCUGCGACGAUCCCGCCACCAGGGCCAAGCUCGAACGCCUCUGCAAGACCACAACAGUGAGGACAAGGUACACUGUCAUGUCCAAGGAGCUCCUGGAUGAACACCCAGAACUAAAGACAGAGGGCACUCCAACAUUGACACCACGUCUUGACAUCUGCAAUGCUGCGGUGCUUGAACUUGGUGCUGCUGCAGCUCGCGCCGCCCUUGGUGAAUGGGGCCGUCCAGCAGCUCAUAUUACCCACCUAGUCUACAUCUCAUCCAGCGAGCUUCGCCUCCCAGGGGGGGAUCUUUUCCUGGCAACCCGUCUUGGCCUCUCUCCAAACACAGUCCGCACAUCCCUUCUCUUCCUCGGCUGCUCAGGUGGUGCUGCCGCCCUCCGCACUGCCAAGGACAUUGCAGAGAACAACCCAGGGAGCCGUGUCCUUGUAAUAGCUGCGGAGACAACUGUGUUGGGCUUCCGGCCACCAAGCGCUGAUCGUCCUUAUGACCUUGUUGGUGCUGCUCUGUUUGGUGAUGGUGCAUCAGCUGCAAUUAUUGGAGCAAGCCCUAUCAGUGCAGAAGAGGAUCCCUUCCUGGAGCUUGAGUUCUCGACCCAAGAGUUCCUACCAGGGACAGACAAGGUAAUUGAUGGCAAGAUCUCAGAGGAAGGGAUCAACUUCAAACUGGGGCGUGAUCUGCCGGAAAAGAUUGAAAGCCGCAUAGAAGGGUUCUGCAGGAUACUUAUGGACAAGGUUGGGAUAAAGAAGUUCAAUGAUGUUUUCUGGGCAGUGCAUCCCGGUGGACCAGCAAUAUUAAACAGGCUGGAGGUUUGUCUUGAACUUGAUCCAGAUAAACUCAAGAUCAGUAGAAAGGCCCUGAUGAACUAUGGGAAUGUGAGCAGCAACACAGUCUUCUAUGUGCUGGAGUAUUUGAGGGAUGAAUUGAAGAAAGGGACAAUAAGGGAAGAGUGGGGAUUAAUCUUGGCUUUUGGCCCAGGCAUCACAUUUGAAGGGAUGCUAGUUCGGGGCAUUAACUGAAACUGGAAGGGAUCCAAGUAGGAUACUACCAGAUACAUGGAAAGAUCACAAACAAGCUUUACAUGGCACAAUACCAUUUCGCAAUUAUAAUUAUAUAGUGUAAGAAUAGCAGUUCGCGAUUAUAAUUAUAUACUAUAAGAAUAUCAUAAGAAGCAUAGCGUCUUGAUGAUUUCUGUUCACUACUUACUCAGUACUUUGUUGUAUUUUAUGCUUUAUGCUAUCAAUUAUCAAACAAUGUCAGUUGCUCGAGUUUGUUCCCAAAACUGUACAAGUCAGGCACUAUUACUGCAUCGUGUUCCACUAUGGCGCUAUAUGACUUACUAAUUCAUAAGAUCACUCUGUAAUUCUUUUUACUCUGUGCUGGUUGCACAAUGUACAAGUGCAUGAGCAAACUAAUAUCGGUACAACUACUAUCCUCUCAGAAGGAAAAAGAGGCAGAACUAUUAUCAUUAAACUAUUCUAAAUUAUACUAAACAAACGGUUACAUUGAUAGAUAGUAGUAGAUAGUAACAUGAUUCCCCUAACGCUUCAACAAAUGUAAUAUCUUUUUAAGUAUUACCAAAAGACAAGAAAAUAGAAGAAGCCCUUACAGAGAAGGGAUUAUGAAAUGGCACUGACCAUUCUGUCUUAUAGAAACAUUACACUCUGAUCUAACCAUUGGACCUUGAAAGAUGGCCCAUGAUAACAUGAAGAUAAUACUAGAACCCAU